GCAGCUGUUAUUUGACAAAUGUUAUUUUUUAAUAUUAUUUAUCAAGGGCCAGAAGUAAAUAAAAAAAAUAAAUUAAAUUACAUGUAUCUAAUUCUUUCACCAGGUAAAAAUGGUCGCAAAACAUGUCAAAACCUAAAAUAUGUAUCUGAAAAUAUAUUUAUGCAGUAAACCUUCUGUAGCAGAGGGUCAUCAUGAUAUUUUUCAUUCUUAUCGUAAUUUUAAAGUGUCUUUAGCAUAUAUGAAACUUCGCUAAAUAUGUUUAGUAGUUCUUUGGCAUCUAUCAGUUGAACAUUACAAUUUUUUGUAUUGAACGAAGGGAUAAGUAUGAUUUUAUAAGACAAAAAAUAUGUGAUACAAUUGUAAUUUAAUUUUUAUUGAAUUUUUUAAUAAAAUCUUUUUGCGAUCAAUGUAAACGAGAAAAUUGUAAUACUCAACCUAUAGAUGUCAAAGAACUACUAAAUUUUUUUCAUAGUGAAGUUUUUUUUAUGUAAUAUAGAUUUAAAAUAGUUACAAUGACAAUGACAAAGUUCCUGAUGAAUAUUUGCUAUAAAAGGCCUUUUAAUGUUUGCAUGUUACAUACUGUAUCUCAGAGGAAAGUAGUUACCAGUAAUGAUGAAAAUCCAGAAUUAAUGGCUAUGUGGCCAAAUAUAGUCAAAGAUCUCACAGAAUUUGGUAGUAAAUUCAAUUUUUCUGAUGUACCAAAAUGGUCAGCAAAGGUAUUGCAAUAUAAUGUUCCAAUGGGUAAAAUGACACGUGCUUCAGAUGUAGUCUAUGCAUAUAAACAACUUGCUCAUUCUGAUCAAUUAACUGAUGAAAAUAUUCGAUUGGCCCUAACUUUAGGAUGGUGCUGUCAAAUCCUGCAAGCAUUUGUAGUGGUGGAGGAUGAUAUCAUUGAUAACUCAAUAACUCGUCGAGGACAACCAUGUUGGCAUCUCCAGGACAAUAUCGGACUUGCAGCUGUUAAUGAUGCACUUUUAUUAGAACAAAUGAUUUUUAAAUUACUUCGAAUGCAUUUCAGGCAAAAAGAUUACUAUCUGAAUCUUGUUGAAACAUUUCACGAUAAUAUUCAAAAGAUAUUGAUAGGUCAAACAUUAGAAUUCUUGUCGACGAAUCGUAAAGAGUCUUCUUUAAAUUUGUUUACUAUGGAACGAUACAAUAGUAUAGUAAAAUAUAAAUCUACUUUUUAUACAUUUGAUUUGCCGUUCACUUUAGCUAUGCACCAUGCCGGAAUUAAAGAUAAUGAUGUGUUUAAACAAACUAAAACUGUACUUCUUGAGUUGGGCAAUCUCUUUCAAGUUCAAUACGACUGCAUUGAUUUUUUCGGAAAUCCUGAGGUAACAGGGAAAAUUGGAACUGACAUUGAAGAAGGAAAAUGUACCUGGUUAAUUGUUGUUGCAUUGCAACGAGUCACUUCGGCACAACGAAAAAUUUUAGAGGAAUGUUAUGGAGUAAAUGAUCCAGAAAAAGUUGAAAAAGUGAAACAACUGUAUCACGAGUUAGGUUUACCAGCGAUUUACACCGCUUGGGAAAAAGAGAAAUACAAUUUAAUUAAAUCUCAUAUACAACAAAUACCUAGCGAAAUACCUCAUGAUUUAUUUUUCAAACAAUUGAAUAGACUUUAUUGCAGAAAUAUGUAAAACCAAUUGCAAUUGAUAAUUUCAGUUCAGAAUCUAUUAAAAAAAUAGUAGUGUCCAAUAAAUAAAAAAAAAAAUUAAAUUAAAUUAGACGAGUUUAAUUUUGUUUGCCACAAAAUAUAAUUCUGUUAAAGAUCUGUAAAAUAAACCAGCUAUGGUGAUUUUUAAUAAAAAAAAAAAAU